GCUUCGGGAUCAGCUGCAGCUCAUCCUGGAUGAAAUGAAGAAAAACUACACAUACUUGACCAACAUGCAGGCCCAGGCCAUCACCUCGAAUCCGGACGAGCAGUUCAACAACGACCUCCUGAAGACGUACUCUGCUAUCACCAAGCAGGAUGUCCUGCUUGCGAACUACAUUAUCCGUGCAAAGUCCAUCAAGAGCAGCAAGGCCGGCAGCUCUGGAGGUGGAUCCUGCAAAGGCGGCAGGCCAAGCGCCAAGAAGGAGAAGAAGGAGAAGAAGGAUAAGAAGGAUAAGAAGGAGCCCAAAGCCCCCAAGUCCAAGAAAAAGGCUGACUAG